AUGUCCGACUCCUCUACUGACGUCUUUUAUUCCGCCACUGAAAUCUGCCACGCGGUCGAGAAACCCUCGAAACGGGAAACACCCGCCCGCCGGACGACCGUUGCAGCGGGUGCGAGAGAUGAUGCCUCGCUCGUCUCCGUGCCCCUCUCAGACCUGGACGACACCUCCUCGUUCUGUUCCUCCUGGGCCACUUCCGUCGCCAGCGCAUGCAGCGACGACUCGCACAGCAGCGGCAGCACCGUUAUGCUGCAGCCCCCCAUCCGCCCUUCUUCACCUACACAUUCCGUCGCCGGCUCCAUCGUCUCCAUCCUGCCCCUGCAGAGCGAGAGCCACACCUCUCCCUUCGCCUAUGCCGCGGGACGCCGCACCGUGCUCUUCGAAGAGAUGCUGCUGCACGCCCAAUCUUGCGUCAAGAAUCGGCAGGUGCAGGCCCAGCUUGAGGUUUGCAAAGUCAAGUUUGCUUAUUACAAUGGGUGCAAGGAGAGAGGGAGGAUGACGGCAGAGCGCAUCGUGGCGGGGCGGGAGAAAUAUUUCGACAAAGUGAGGUCGCUGGCGCGGAGGGAGGGAGGGCCCGAGCUGCAGAGACACCUCGACGGACUGGUGGAGCAGUUCGCGAGCGUUAACUUGUAA